AUGGUGUAUAAGGAAGAAGUAUAUGAAUGGUUUGGGAGACUAAAUGGAUCCAGUCGUAUGGAUUUUAUAUGCGGAUUGUUGGAUUUGUGUUUGCCGUUGGAAUUGAGAUUUCUUGGUGCCUGCAUUGAAGAUCUAGCGAGAAGAGACUACACUCAUCUCAGGGAUGCAGAAAUCAGAGCAAAUAAUAAGUCAGAAAUUGAACAGUUAACGGAUAUAUCAAACCAGAUAAUUCGCAGUAAACUUAUUGUUAGCAUGGCUUUACUAUAUUCGUCGAAUAGGAAAUGUUCGGAGAUUAUUUUCAAGACCCUAUCUCAAAAUAUGGACACCAUCUUUAACAACAUAAACACGGAGCCAGGGAAUGAAGUUUACGAUGAAUUCUUGUUACUAUUGACUAUGGCAUCCUUUCACCCUGCCCUCAUAUUCCGUCAAAAGGAAUUCCUCAAAAGCCAGCUUGACAGGUUGCCGAAAAUUCCGUCGCCACAAGAACACAGGAGAAGCAAGGAAUGCUGCAAUAUCACUGAAAAGUCGCUGGAGCGACAGGAGAGUGCUUCUCCAUCUCCAAUACAGUCUCAAGAACCUACACUUGCAGCAGUAUCAAGUCAGGUAAUUCCACAAAAAGUAUAUAUCACGAAUAUUGAAGUAGAAGGUCUGAAUAAACGUUCUUCAGAUAAACGUUACGAGUACAUUUUUAAGGUCACUUGUUCCAAUGGGUCAGUCAACACUGUAUGUCGAACACAUGGAGAGUUAUUUGCUUUUCAGUGUAAGUUACUUAAUCAGUUUGAAAGUGAUACAGGAUCCCAACAAUCUGAUUGCAAUAUGCCAUAUCUGCCAGGAAAACACAGUUGUCGGAUAACUCAUAAAGGAGAGCUUGCAGAAAAAGGACUGCCAGAGAUUAAAGACUAUGCAAGGCGAUUGGUGACAUUACCUCAGCAUAUUCUUCAGUGGGAUGAUAUGUUGAAUUUUUUUCAAUGUCCAGUAUCUUCCACAGUGGGUGGUGCAGCUGUUGCCAAUGCCAAACCAGUGCAUGAAGACUCUGAAAUCACCUUCCUAGGACCUUCAUCUUUGUCACCAGAGCCAUCAGUUGCCCCAGUCACUACAUGUAGUACAUUAGCGGGACCCGCUAUCAAUAAGGUUUCGUCGAAUACAUCUAAUGGAAGGCCAACAUUCACACAAGGUCAGCCACCAUUGCCUGUAUCUCCAUUACCCUCGCCUCUAUCUUCCCACAUACCUCCUGCUCCAACAGCGCUGCCUUUGACAAGACCUCCUUUACCUGGUGCAUGGGUUCCGCCAGCAUCGCCACCAGUCAAUCUUUCCACUGAGCCACAUUUCAUGUGUGUUCAAAAAUGGUUGAAGGAUUUGCGGUUACACAAGUACUAUCCAUUCUUCAAAGACUUAACCAUGGAGCAGAUUUUACAGCUGCGUGAAGAGGAUCUGGAGAGCUGGAAAAUAACUACAGGAGCUAAAAAUAAACUAUUAUCAAAUUUGAAAAAAUUGAGGAUUCAGGCUAAAGGCUUUAAUGGAAUCAUACCACAGGCGUCUGUUAUGUAUAUGUCACCUACAAAUCAUCCUACGACAUACCUUGCUUCAUCUGCAACGCAUACUGCACCUAUUCAGAGCCUCUUUUAUAUGUCUCAACAUAUAUGCACCAGUGAAUGCUCUUGUUCUGAUUGCUCAUCGUCGCCGUCUAGUCCCAGAGAGAGCUCUGAUGAGAACGAGAAAGAUUCCGAGGCAAGUGAAAGCUCCCUUGUUUCACUACCUGAUUCCAACCCACCUAUCAAGAAAGUAUUGACAACAUCAGUUGCUACUCAACACGGUUCAGAACCAAUCAACAGAGAUUUUGCACAAAAUGUUGCGAACCGGAUUAACAGAUCAUGUGCGGCUACCCCAUCUUACAGUAAUGUUGUCAAAUCUCUAUCCAUGGAGCGCAUCGAUUCAAGAUCACCAAUAGUCCCUGUGAGUCACUCGCAUUCUACUCCUUCUUCACCUGCAUCAGAAACCACAAUCCGGCAGCCCAGACAGAUGUCGCUACCAUUACCACCACCAGGGAGCUAUUACCCACCUAUGAAUCCAAACUUGGAUGCCGCAAGUCCAUUGAGAUCUACUGCCAUGGUGUUUACUCCAAAGUUGCCAACACAAGAAGAAGCAGCAGUGCCUCCAACAGGACCAUACCCCAGAGAAGCCAUUGUGCCACAGCAGAUUAACAUCCCUGUGAAAUCCACAGGAAGUGCAGUAAAUAAUCCUAACAUUGAAGCUGCAAAAUAUAAGACUUCUGUAGUUCUAGUUCCAAGUGCUUCUGCUAGUACAGCCAUUGCCAUGAUGCCUCCAUCAUCUGUGAUGUCUAUGCCUGCAGCAAUGAGCACUACAGUUGUCACACCUGCUGUUGUUCACCCUGCAUUUAGUAGUGUGCCAGUAUGUAAUGCAACUCAAAUGGACCCUAUCAAUGUAAAUCCUGCACCAAUAGUAGCUCAAAGCAAAGUCACAUGCUCUUCACCUAGAGGAGGAGGUGAGGGAUUGCGGACCACACCCCCACUGUUGCCGCCGCCGCCGCCUCAUGUUCUCAAUACUCCGGCUCAACCGCCAAGUAACACGUUCGGCAAUGAACAACAAAACAUAAUGUACAACAAUAAUAUGCCUCCAAAUUACGUGAAUAAUAGUCAAGGAACAAAUUUUCCCAGUAACAACAGUACUAACUUUCCUGUUGCAACUAGCGGUACCACUUUUGCAAACACUCGAGGGUCAGUCAUUUGUAAUACGACUAACAGUAUGGUUUGCACAACAUGUGGCCAUUCUUGUUCGGGUAAUAAUCCGAUGACAAAUAAUUCUUCCAGUUUACCAUUCUCUUUUAAUACUGCAUAUUUACCUCCAGGAUUCAUGAAUAAUGCCAUGCAUUAUCCUAAUUUACUGCAAGCUAAUCUUAGUAAUUUAGUAGCCACCAAUGGAUACGUCAACCCCGCAAUACAAACCACGCCUCGCUAUCAAACAACGCCACUGCAGCAACAUUCUGCUUAUCCAAAUGGCGUUGGGGAGUUUUUAUAUGGACAUGGUAGCCAUUAUGGCAUGAUGGGGCACGGUGCUCCCCAGUUUGUAUCUCCCGGACUUAUAGCUCAGCAUGGGAGUAAUCAUCACCACAUGGUAGGACACAAGAAACACUUGCCUGUGCAGCCUGUGUGUUAUAACUGUGGAGCCGUGGGACACAGGUCAUCAGAUUGUAAAGAAACAUCUUUAGAAUCACAUCAAAAUCAAUUCCGUCUGAAAUAUGCACCAGUGAGUGAACAAUCUGAUAACAGUGAACAAUAACAUGAUGUACAACUGCGUGACGGCAGUCAACAAUAUCACACUUUGAUAACAAAAACAAUACCACAAUGUACAACGCUGUUAUGACAAAAACAAUAACAAUAACACAAUGUACAUCGUUGUAAUGACGGUAAACAAUAACAUUGCGGUAUUGAUAAGCACGCGCAUGUGAUAUCCAUGCUGGUAUUUUUGAUAAAACUUUAAAAGUG